CUCACGGAAUUCCCUUAAACAUGAAUUAAAGUAGUUAAUGAUGGGCAGGUUAAGUGAGAGUUGAUCAGUUACAAAAACUCGCCGAAUUCCCAACCUUUUCUUCUUCUUCUUCUUCCCAGUCCCAUUAAUUCAUUAUACCACUUGCAACUUCUCGUCCCCUAUAAAUUUCCCGACUUGUCGAUUUCAUACAUCAUCACACAAUUAAUCCUAGCUCUCAACACCAAAUUAAAAAUCAACACAAUGGCUUUCCCCACGAAGCUCGUCGCAGUUCUCCUGGCAGCUAUGGUAGCGUCGUCCUCAGCAAGAAACCUGGAGUCGAGAUUGAGCCUGGCAGCGCGGCUGAAAGUGGCGGAAGAGGGGCCGAGCACUUGCUGGGACGCGUUGUUGGAGCUCCAAUCUUGCAGCGGAGAAAUGGUGAUGUUCUUCCUCAACGGGGAGACUCAGCUCGGGGAAAACUGCUGCAGUGCCAUCAAAGUCAUAGAGCGCCAGUGCUGGCCCUCCAUGCUCGGAACCCUCGGCAUUACUGCCGAAGAAAGCAACGUUCUCCGCGGCUACUGUGAUGCCGCUCCUCCGCCUGCAUCCACCCUCGAAAAAUGCUAUAACUUCCCACGCUUGCAACACUAAGUGUAAUCAAAAUCUAAAUAAUAUGCAUCUUUAUUAGCAAUAUUGCUCAAAAUAAUUAAAUAAACGAAUUAUAUUGCUCAAAUCUUGUACUCCUCUGGUAAAACUGUUUUUCUUCGUUUUAAGUUUUAACAUGCCAUAUUAGAAGAUAUAAAAGACCUAAAUACAACAAAACAAAUGUGAUGAUUUCAGAAAAAUGGUGUACAAUACUUCUAA